CGAGAUGUUACCACAACAGAAACGUCUGACCAUGUCGUGGGUUAUCUCUCGCAGCUGGCGUCUUGUCUCCGCGGUGCAGGAAUUCAAGAUGGUGCAGUGGCUUUUGGCUACUUCCCAGGCAGCGCGAUUGGAGCAUCGUUCCACAAGGCGAAGCUGUCACAGCUCGCACAGAAGACUGCACAACUUGCUAGCACGGCCUUAAGAGAAAAGCUGAACUUGAAGGAUCAUGUUAGCACUUCCGGCGCUCUGAAACACAGGGAAGAUGAUGCAUUGGAUGUGAGCCUGGUGGCGGAAACUUCGUCUUCGACCGAUGUUGCGAACCGGAUUCGGUCACUGGCAACUGUUGACGAACGACUUGGUAAACACAUGUGUCAUCUCAUUUUCGGAAAAAUGAGUCGGUCUCUCCUGGCGCAACCGCUGCAGUGGGGAUUCCAACCAGUAACAUCUGACUUUGUAUCUUCGGUAACCAGUGGACGUGGCACAACAAUACCCUCGAGUUUACCGAUAGAGGGAGGGCAGCUGCAAGGUGUAGACUCAGACCAGAGCAGCAUGUCGACACUACCAGAUGUUGAUAUUGACGCAGAAAGUAAGAAGCUGCCACAAAAUGCUGCAACGUGGCAGGAUGAUUGGGAAUUCGGCGGCGGUCACGGUGCAGGCUUUCAAUUACACUGUGCGAAUAGUCGAG